GGAGAGUGAGGGGCGGUGCGGAGCGGAGCUAAGCGGGCUCGGGGGGCGGGGGUCGGACGGUGACGGCGGAGCAGCGCGGGGUCGGUUCCCGGAGGGCCGUGUGUGUGUCCGUGCUUGUGGGCGAGCGGAGCGGACAGAAGUCGCAGGACUUCUCCCUUGGAGCUUCUGUGCCGAGAAUCCGAUGUUGGGCUCGGCUCCCUGGCUGAAGACAGCAGAUCAGCCCAUGAAAACUUCUAUUCCCAGCCAAAGGAAGGAGUCCAGCACAAGGCAGCACCUCUUCUUUCAGGCUUGGAAGCAAGAAAGGGGGCAAGAGUUGGAGAGUGUGGAAUCGGAGAAGACCACUGAGAGGUGACAUUUAAGUUGAAGAUGGGCGGUGGAGAAAGAUACAACGUUCCCGUUCCCCAGUCUAGAAAUACCACCAAGAACCAUCAGCAACUUAAAAACAGGCAGAAGAGCAAAGACCCCAACUCUCAGAUGAAAAGCUACGUGAAGAAGGAAAGAGGCAACGGCUGCAGCUCCUCUCCUGCUGCAUGGCAGGCCAUGCAGAAAGGGGGGAAGAACAACGUUCACUUCCCCAAGAAUCCCAACUGGAAUCCUGCUCUGUCCAAUCACAACCUGUUGUUCACCCCUCAGAGCAACCAGAACUAUGCUGGAGCCAAGUUCAGCGAGCCACCCUCCCCAAGUGUUCUGCCUAAGCCACCAAGCCACUGGGUACCUGUUUCUUUUAAACCUUCUGAUAAGGAAAUAAUGACAUUUCAGCUCAAAACCUUACUGAAAGUCCAGGCCUGAGGUGUAACUUGUGUGAUUUUCAGAAGUGAUUUCGACUGUCAGGGUUUCAGAUUUGAGCACUGUUAUUCCAAACUCCAGGUGUGCCAGGACCAGGUGUUCUUGCUGCAUGUAGUUAGUCACUUGGAGAGGGGUGAAAGUUUACAUUCCCCUCAUCUUUUACCUCAAAAGUUCAGUGCUGUGUUCACCUCACUGUGAAAUAGAUAUUUUCUUGUAAAUCAAUCAAAUCCUGAGCAGUCACCAUUUACUGUAUUUAAGAAUAAAUGGGACUGUGUGCCAAAAUUGCAAUUGUGGCUUUGAAUUGUUAGAAAACCACCUUUUACCUAACUUAAUGCAGCAUGAACUGAAAAUAAAAACGCACUGAGAACUUAGUCAGGUUAUUUGCUGCUUUCAGGCUGGUGUGAGAUUUGCUAAACACUCUGCAGAGCAGAAACCUCCACCUGGGCACACGGGGAGGCACAGCUGAUCCUCUGCCCUGCCCUGUGAGCUUUAGUGGCACUCCUGCAGCGCUGGGUGAGCGUUUCAAGCCCCUGACUCCCAUCUGGAAUGUUCUGGAAGGGUGUGGAAGAACUCCCGGGGCAGAGCCAGCUGUGCUUCCCAGGAAUCUCCCUGAGUGCCAACUAAAGACCUUGCAUUGCCAGGUGACUGCCAAAAAAAGCUCCCCCAAAUCCUUUGUGUGCCCACUGCACUGAGGAGUUCUAAACCACAGUUUUGUAUCGGUUUUUAUAAAAAAAGGUGGAGUAGUUCCUUAGUUUGGUGUUAAUUGGUUCCCUUGUAACAAUUAAUAGUUUGGGGCAGGUGUUAGAUGUUUUCACAGGGAAGACAGAGCUAUGUAAAUACAUGUAAAACAUUGUAGCAUAUGUAAAUUUCUGCUGGGCUUUCCUGCACAGAAGUAUUUUUAGUACAAAACUGCUGAAUGUAAGAUGACCAUGUUGAGUACGUGGCCUGGUUUAAAAAAAAUGAUAUUUUGUUUAAAAAAAAAAUUAAAAAAAAAAAGACAUUUGUGGCUGUGCCCUUGCACUUCACAUGCAAUGAAUAUGCACAUUGUAUUUGGUUCUAAUCUCAUUUUUUUAAGUAAAAUCAGUGCAAAAAUGCUUAUUUAGAUUUUUUUUUUAAUUAAAGAAAAAAAAAACCUAAAAAAAAAAAAGAA